UCAAAUUAAGCUUCCCAUUAUUGUGACAAAAACAAAGCUUUCGUUUUUUUGGUUUUAUCUUAAAGCUUUCAUUUUAUUCUUUUCGUUGGUAACUAAAAUGGCUACCACAAAUGUCCUCGCCACGAGCCACGCCUUCAAAUUGAAUGGUGUCAGCUACUUCUCCUCUUUUCCCCGCAAACCUAACCACUACAUGCCUCGUCGUCGUUUAUCACAUACUACUCGUAGAGUCCAAACUUCGUGUUUUUAUGGUGAGACGUCUUUUGAAGCUGUAACGUCGUUAGUUACGCCUAAGACAGAAACAAGUCGUAACAGUGACGGAAUUGGAAUCGUCCGUUUCUUAGAAGGGAAAAGCUAUCUUGUUACUGGUGCAACAGGGUUUCUUGCCAAAGUGUUGAUUGAGAAACUGUUGAGGGAAAGUCUUGAAAUUGGGAAGAUCUUCCUUCUGAUGAGAUCCAAGGAUCAAGAAUCAGCAAACAAGAGACUCUACGAUGAGAUCAUAAGCUCGGAUCUGUUCAAGCUUCUGAAGCAAAUGCAUGGGAGCUCUUACGAAGCUUUCAUGAAGAGAAAGUUGAUUCCAGUAAUUGGAGACAUUGAGGAAGACAAUCUAGGGAUCAAAUCUGAAAUAGCAAACAUGAUCAGUGAGGAGAUUGAUGUUAUUAUCAGUUGUGGUGGUCGUACAACAUUCGACGACAGAUACGAUUCUGCCCUAAGUGUCAAUGCUCUUGGACCGGGUAGGCUCUUAAGCUUCGGAAAAGGAUGCAGGAAAUUGAAACUUUUCCUCCAUUUUUCAACUGCUUACGUGACUGGUAAGAGAGAGGGGACAGUACUAGAAACUCCUCUCUGCAUUGGAGAAAACAUAACUUCUGACUUGAACAUCAAAUCCGAGCUGAAACUAGCUUCAGAAGCUGUAAGAAAGUUCCGUGGCAGAGAAGAAAUCAAGAAACUCAAAGAACUCGGUUUUGAAAGAGCUCAACACUAUGGGUGGGAAAAUAGUUACACAUUCACAAAAGCCAUAGGUGAGGCUGUAAUUCACAGCAAGCGAGGAAACUUGCCUGUAGUGAUCAUAAGGCCUAGUAUUAUCGAAAGCUCUUACAAUGAGCCUUUCCCUGGCUGGAUCCAAGGGACAAGAAUGGCUGAUCCAAUCAUCUUGGCUUAUGCCAAAGGCCAGAUUUCUGACUUCUGGGCAGAUCCUCAAUCUUUGAUGGACAUUAUACCUGUUGACAUGGUUGCAAACGCAGCAAUAGCAGCCAUGGCAAAGCAUGGUUGUGGUGUCCCAGAGUUCAAAGUUUACAAUUUAACUUCUUCAUCUCAUGUGAACCCCAUGCGUGCUGGCAAAUUGAUAGACCUCUCUCAUCAACAUCUGUGUGACUUUCCAUUGGAAGAAACAGUGAUAGACUUAGAGCAUAUGAAAAUCCACAGUUCCUUAGAGGGUUUCACUUCUGCUUUAUCGAACACAAUAAUAAAACAGGAAAGAGUGAUUGAUAAUGAAGGAGGAGGAUUGAGCACGAAGGGAAAGAGGAAGCUAAACUAUUUUGUGUCCUUGGCAAAAACAUAUGAGCCUUACACAUUCUUUCAAGCUCGGUUUGACAACACCAAUACAACAAGUCUGAUACAGGAGAUGUCAAUGGAAGAGAAAAAAACGUUUGGGUUCGAUAUCAAAGGCAUUGACUGGGAGCAUUACAUUGUCAACGUUCAUCUUCCAGGUCUCAAAAAGGAAUUUCUUUCUAAGAAGAAGACUGAGUAAUUGAAGAGAGUUAUUUGAGAUAUGAAUGUAAUAUCAAUCAUUCACAAGCUAUAAUCAUGGAACAUAAUGAGAGUUUGUUGGUCAUGGGUUUAAAAUAAGUAUGAUAUGUUAUGUUGGGUUUUGUUUUUAAAAUAAUUGUGCGAGUGAAACCGAAGGACAAGAGUCCUCUCUUGUUUGGGGAGAAAAUCUUGUAUUUCCUUGGUAUACUCUAAUUAAGUGGAGUGUUUUUUUUUGUAACUAGGUUAUGAGUCCCACGAUGUUGGAGGAACUCAUUUCCAAUAAAUUAUUGUAUUUACAAGAAUUUAUUUUUAUUGUGUUUAUG